UUUAGCAUAGUGGGAAUCUAUGCUGGAGAAUCGAGAACAGCGUCUGAAUCGAACCUUAUGAGAUAUAUGCUGACCCGCGUCCAUGUCGCUCAAUGGGCGUGGAUGCCACUAACCUAAGCUUUGAGGUCUGACUUGGCUAAGCAAACUGGGGGCUCUGAUUGUCUUCUGCUGCAUUCGCAGCACUCUAUCUUUCCAUUUCAAGUGCGAGUCAUCACGGUUCAUUGCGAUUCGGGGCUUCAUGUAUGUUGCCAGGGUGACUUCCACUGCUUUCGUACCCUUGUUUUUUGGUGCUGAACGGUGGGGUAUCAAAGGUGGAGGAAGAGGAGGAGGAGGAAGAAGGUAUAUUUCACGAUCGGGUUGUGUUUCAUAGCAUGGUGUUAGUUUUGUAUGAGUUUUGGCUUUGUGGGCAUUGAGGGGUUUAUCAUCUUCUGAUGUCGGAAACCUGAAACCUUGCAGCAUCAUAUAACAGUGGCUUGGAUCUCGUCAUGGCUUCAGCUAUGGCUGGCCUGGUAACACUGCCUUCCUUGCAGGGCAUCACGGUGGAAUUGUCUCCCUCUCUAAAUUCGUCUAGGAUCUCCAGGCGACGCAUUUCGUGCUCUCUUGAGUCCACUUCCAUAUCAUGCUUUGGAAGGAACCCAAUUAUUUCAGGACAUUCACAUAUGCCACACUUACGGGCCUCCGCUUCCUCUGGAGCCCUUGGAGGCGACGAGCCAAGUUUAAGUCUCGGAGGUGGCGGAAAUGGCGCAGGCCUUUACGGGGGUGGUUCGGGGGGUGGAGGCGGAGGUGACUCCUCUGGUAAAGGUGAAAGUGAAGGAAAAUCCCCUGGCGGAAUAUUUGGUGUAUUCUGGAAAGGCUGGAAUGACAGGGUUCGUGCGGACCCCCAAUUUGCUUUCAAGGUGUUGAUGGAAGAAGUUGUUGGUGUGGGAGCAUGCGUUCUUGGCGACAUGGCUUCUAGGCCCAACUUUGGUCUGAAUGAGCUUGAUUUCGUCUUCUGCACACUCGUGGUGGGUUGCAUAGUAAACUUCAGUUUGAUGUACAUGCUAGCCCCAACAAGCGCUGCUGGAGCCGUGGUAACUCGUCUUCCAGGAAUUUUCGCCGGCUGUCCAGCUGGACAUAUGUUCGAGCCUGGAAAUUAUUCCUUAGUCAAUCGUGCAGGUACUUUUAUAUACAAAUGUGCACAAUUUGCAGUGGUUGGGUUCUUUGCAGGACUCGUUGGUACAGCCAUCUCGAAUACUUUACUAAUGGUCAGGAAGAAGAUGGAUCCAGAAUUUGUUGUGCAAAAUGAACCUCCGCCGACACUUUUAAACGCUAUCACUUGGGGUCUUCACAUGGGUUUGAGCAGCAACUCUCGCUACCAGUCCUUGAACGGUCUGGAAUUUGCUCUUGCAAAUAAGCUACCCCCACCAGUCUUCAAAACCGGUGUGUUUACGCUUCGUGCUCUAAACAAUGUACUCGGUGGUUUCUCUUUUGUGGCUCUUGCCCGCAUCACUGGCUCCCAGAAAUCUAGUGCUCCUCCUGCUCCCUCAGAGACUGCCACAGAGGAGAAGCUCUUGGAAGCCGUCGAUGAAGACGAAGAUGAAACUUUUCGAAGUCGUCCAUAAAUAGAUAUGGAGUGAAUUGUAGAUGGUGAAUUCCAUCUAUGUUCUUAGUGGAGAUUUGGUGCGAGGUCAGCAGGAUUAUUAAUUAGCCCAAUAUUGCUCAGUCAUUGAAGCUCAUCUGAUGCUUAUGAUAAAGAGUUGUUCCCUAACCUGACUGUUUGCUUUGCUUUGCUUUAGUUUGUUUUUUUCUUUCUCUUUUACGAUACUCCACCGCCAGGUUUUUGUCUUCGCUACUCUCUUUUUUUAAAUUUACUCUAGUGACAUUAGAAGAAGGUUUUAGGCCUCUAUCGGUUGACAUCAAAGAGCUUAUUUUCAGGUAGCGGUAUGGUGCAAUUGUAUUCCCUAAAGUCUCACGUUUCUCUAGGGGUUACCAAUCCAUCGUGUUGUGGUAAAUUUUUAGAUAAUAACUUCAAUUCUGUGCCAACUGAGAAAGUCUGAUUUUUUCUGUCAGGUAUCUACGCAUUGAAGAAUUUGUUCUUAGACUACGUCUCCAACUUCUGUACAAGAUAAUCAUAACCUUGGCAGAAUGCUUGUUUGUUUGUCAAUUCCAAAAAUUCAAACUGUGUAGCUUCAUCAGUA